AUAAGGGCUAAUUUUGCCAUUGCACAUAACACCAACAUGAGCUCCACAGAAGAUCCUGACUAUCCACAGCAACUCCUCAAUUAUAGAGAUGGAUUCUUUGUUUCAAAGGUCAUGUUUACAGCAUGUGAGCUGGGAGUGUUUGAUUUGCUACAUGAACUAGGGGAGCCUCUGACAACAGCAAACAUUGCUUCUCGCUUGUGUACCAGCGUAGAUGGAACAGACCGGCUGCUCACUGCCUGUGUUGGACUGAAACUCCUGAAAGUUGAACUGAAAAAUGAUGAAGCUUAUUACUCCAAUACUGAUCUUUCCACCACAUAUCUGGUCAAGUCAAGUCCAAAGACAAUGUAUCCAAUGAUGAUCUUCUGCACUAACACCGCCUAUAUCUGCUGGCAAUUCUUACCCCAAGCUAUAAGAGAAGGAAAAAACCAGCAUGAAAGAGCAUUUGGGGUAUCUUCAGAAGACUUAUUUGAUGCUCUGUACAGGUCAGAAGAGAUGUUGGUGACAUUUAUGGGUUUUAUGGACUGCAUAUCGAAUAUCUGUGGGAAGUAUGCGCUACAAGCUUUUGAUCUCUCCAUGUUCCACACAGUCUGUGACCUUGGAGAAAAAUUAUUCUGUGUUAUAGGAUGUUCGGGAUCUAUUGCAAAACAAUUUGUGUCUUCAUAUCCUGGAUCUACUGUCACUGUUAUGGACCUGCCAAAAGUGAUACAAACAGCUAAGAGAUAUUUCAUAACAGAUAAGGAUCAACAUAUAGCUCUCCUUGAAGGAGAUUUCUUCACUGACCCAAUUCCUGAAGCAGACCUAUUUAUUUUAUCCUCUAUUAUUCAUGACUGGACAGAAGAGAAGUGUCAUCUGCUGCUAAAGAAAGCUUAUCAAUCCUGUAGGCCUGGAGGUGCUGUUCUGCUGAUUGAAGAACUAUUAAAUGAAGAUAAAAGUGGCCCUGUGGGUGCACAGUUAUUCUCAUUAAACAUGUUGGUCCUGGCGGAAGGAAGAGAAAGGACCCCAUCUGAAUACACCAAGCUCCUCACAGACUGUGGCUUCAGGGACAUACAAGUGAAAGUAACUGGAAAGCGAUUUGAUGCAAUCCUGGGAAGAAAAUUACAGUAGUAUAAUUUUUUGAUUUAUAGAUAUGAUUAUAUGUAUGUGUCUGUAACAGCCUGGUUGUUUUCUUCCCUGUAUUAAUAUCAUAUUAUUAAAACAAAUAUACUAUUUUUA